AUGAUCGAUGAGAUAGAGAGCAAGACGAAAGUUGUCCCAGUAUUAGGAUUAGUAUGGGAUUUAGAAAAAGAUAGUUUGAGUUGCAAGAUCGAAGAAACAUUUAACUUGAGGGAACCUAUUACCAAAAGAAAAGUUUUGUCAAUUACCCAGAAAAUUUUUGAUCCCAUUGGCUUUACUGCACCGAUAACUGUAAUUCCUAAGCUAAUUUUGCAAGAAACAUGGAACCAGAAGAUUAAGUGGGAUGAAGAUCUUCCUCUUCCCCUAAGUGAGCAGUUUGGGACUUGGUUGAACCAAUUGCCUCUGCUAUCUCAGAUUGAAAUUCCUCGUUGGUUAAAUAUUGAUUACGAAAACGAAGAUACCGUAGUGCUCCACGUUUUUUCGGAUGCUAGUAAAAGAGCCUAUGCCACAUGUGCAUUUUUAAGAGCUGAAACCAUCGAAGGUGUAAAGGUUCAGUUAGUAAGCGCGAGAAGUCGAAUAGCCCCUAUUAAGGAACUUACGAUUCCACGGCUUGAACUUCUUUCCUGUCUGAUAGGUGCCAGGCUUGCCAAAACAAUUCUAUCAGAUUUGAAACUUAAGAAUUGUAGAACAGUGUUCUGGAGUGAUUCUUCUACAGCUUUGGGGUGGAUAAGAAGGGAUCAAGCAUGGGGUACGUUUGUUCACAAUCGAGUACAAGAAAUAAGAUCGCUUACCAGAAUAUCUGACUGGAGGCAUGUACCUGGAAGUUUAAACCCAGCGGAUCUCCCAUCGAGAGGAUGUACUAUUGAGCAAUUACAGAAAUCGGCAUGGUGGGAGGGCCCAUCGUGGCUUUACUUACCAGAAGACGAGUGGCCCCAUGUAGAAGAAAAGCCUGAUGAAGAACUUAUAAACAAGGAAAAAAGGAAAACGAUUCUGACUCUUCUAGAUCAUGGAGACAAUUUGGACCGGUACUACAAAUACUUCUCUUCAUAUAGAAAAACCGUGAGAAUGAUCGCUUGGAUUUUCAGGUUUUAUCACAAUUUAAAGAACAAAGAUAAAAACCUCACUCCUGAUGUCUCAGUUGAUGAAUUGGAGAAUGCUGAAAAGGCACUUUGUAGAUUGGUACAGAAAGAAUCAUUUACAGGCAUAAACGAUCCCGCUAUUCGUGCGCUGAGACCAAUCGUAGACCAAAAUGGAAUUUUAAGAGCCAAAACGAACGUCCUACAGCGUCAAGAUAAUGAAAAUUUCCGAUAUCCUAUCAUUUUACCUUCAAAACAUAUUCUUGUUGAGAGACUAAUUUACGAGAAACAUCUAGAACUCCAGCAUGCUGGUGUCAGCACUUUAAUGACAAAUCUUAGAGAAAACUUUUGGAUAUUAAAAUCCAGAAAAAGUAUUCGAAAUAUUAUCAGAAAAUGUGUAAGAUGUAAAAGAUUUGUUUCACAAAGAGUGGAAGUCGAGCCAGGAUUUCCACCCGAAGAUCGAGUCAGAGAAGGGGCGACUUUUGAAGUCGUCGGUGUAGAUCUAGCGGGUCCUCUCUAUCUCCGUGAGGGGUCUAAAGCGUGGAUAGUCUUGUAUACAUGUGCCAUUUAUAGAGCCAUUCACCUCGAACUAGUUACUUCUCUAUCUACAGAAACUUUCAUCCAAUCUUUACGUAGAUUCAUUGCCAGAAGAGGUAGACCUUAUGUGAUAUAUUCCGACAACGGAACUAAUUUUGUAGGGACUAACAGUGUUCUUAAGAAAGUUAAUUGGAACGCCAUAUGUUCAGCUGCUUCUAUCCAAAGGAUACGAUGGAAGUUCAACCCUCCGACCGCCGCCUGGUGGGGAGGUUGGUGGGAGAGGGCUUGUGCGAAUGGUGAAAGAAAAUUUAAGAAGAGUGUUAGGUCGAACGUCCUUAAAUUAUGA